GCCCAGUUCCUGUGGGCAGCACUCGAUGCGCCUGCCCCUCUCCUUUCCGCACUUCAAGGGAAAGACGAGAUCUUGCACAAGGUCCCCUGUGUCUGCCUUCCACCAGGGAAGCCUGACAUGGAGCCUCUCCGCCUGCUCAUCCUGGUGGCCGUCACAGAGCUGUCCCGAGCCCACAACACCACCGUAUUCCAGGGCAUGGCAGGCCGGUCCCUGCAGGUCUCCUGCCCCUACAACUCCUUGAAGCACUGGGGCAGACGCAAAGCCUGGUGCCGCCAGCUGGAUGAAGAGGGCACGUGCCAGCGGGUCGUCAGCACCCACCGCUCGUGGCUGCUGUCUUUCCUGAAGAGGUGGAAUGGGAGCACGGCCAUUGUGGAUGAUGCCCUGGGGGGCACACUCACCAUUACGCUGCGGAAUCUUCAAGCCCAUGACGCCGGCCUCUACCAGUGCCAGAGUCUCUAUGGUGAUGAGGCCGACACCCUCAGGAAGGUCCUGGUGGAGGUGCUGGCCGACCCCCUUGAUCACCUGGACCCUGGAGGUCUCUGGAUCCCUGAAGAGUCCAAGAGCUUCGAGGAUGCCCAGGUGGAACGCAGCAUGUCCAGGGGUCUCUCAGAAGAGGAUAUCCCCUUUCCACCCACUCCCAUCCUUUUCCUCCUGGCCUGCAUGUUUCUGGGCAAGCUUUUAGCAGCCAGUGCUCUCUGGGCUGUGGCCUGGCAUGGGCAGAAACUGGGGACGCCCCGGGCCGAUGGGCUGGACUGCAGCCGUGACCCAGGUUACCAGCUCCAGACCCUAACAGGGCAGAGAGACACGUGAGAGAAGACCCGGCAUGGGAAGAGAGGCCCCGGGAGAGGUCUGCUGGGACCAUCCCGGCCUGCACACCUGCCCCUCAGCCACCAAGACUCAUGGUUCUGCUUUGGCGAAAGGUCACCCUGCCCAUACCCUGCUUCCCCUGGCCCCUGGAAACAGAGGUGUGUGUGUGUGUGUGUGUGUGUGUGUGUGUGCGGGCACACCUGGGAAGUGGGAAGGACAUUCACCAACUUGUAGGCAUUGGUUAUUAAACACUCUCACAAAUAAAUCCAAGACUUCUCUUUGGCUACCAGGCUAGGAGAAUGAAUCUGGACGAGGAAAAGUCAAGAGGUCUGCCUCCUUGGGGACUUGGGUCUUAGGCUACCGCGUCUCUCUGUUCUCCCCGCCUCCAAACUGCCCAUCUUUUGCUUUUCCUCGCUCCCUUCCCUAGAUCUAAUUGCUGGAUCCUGCCUCCUCGUCUGGGAUUUCUCUAGCAUCCAGGCUGCUGCCCCUCUCCUCCAUUUGCCUCCCACCUGUCAGUUCCCGAGGAUUAUUGCGGCCCACCUCCCCCAACCAUCAGUCCAUAUAACGCCCAGCUGACUCAUCGACUCCCUUCCCCAGACCUCUGCUUUCAGCGUGUUACUUCCCCUCCAGGGGAACACCCACGGCUGGCCUCAUGGAGUGCAGCAUACCAGAGCCGGGAACUACUGCUCUGAGCCCCUCACUGCACAGAAGGGAAACUGAGGCUCUCGAGGGAAAGAUGUCACCCCAAGUCCCCAGUAGAGCCUGGAAGUGCAAAUUUCACUUCGUGUUCACGUUGCCCUUCCCUCUAGC